AUGAGCGAGCGGCAGCCGGGAGAGGGGGGCAGCGCUGCCUCCUCCAUCAUCCUGCCCCCGGAGGACAAGUACCAGGAGAAACUCCUCACCCUGCCCAGCCCCCACCACACACCCACCUGCUCACCUCAUGCCUGGGUCCAGGGAAAGAAGGACCUGGUGGGGGCCUUGGCAGGCAGGCGGGAAGCUGGACCGUGGCUCUCCUCCGGCACCUAUGCCCCUACCUCUGGCAGCAUCAUGAGCCAGUUUCAGGUGCCGCUGGCGGUCCAGCCGGACCUGCCAGGCCUUUAUGACUUCCCUCAGGGCCAGGUGAUGGUAGGGGGUUUCCAGGGGCCUGGGCUCCCGAUGGCUGGGAGCGAACCCCAACUCCGAGGGGGUGGAGAUGGGCGAAAGAAACGAAAACGGUGUGGUACCUGUGAGCCCUGCCGGCGGCUGGAAAACUGUGGGGCCUGCACCAGCUGCACCAACCGCCGCACACACCAGAUCUGCAAGCUGCGCAAGUGCGAGGUGCUGAAGAAGAAAGUGGGGCUUCUCAAGGAGACAGGCUCAGAGCUCAGCCCAGUUGAUGGACCUGUUCCAGGUCAGAUGGACUCAGGGCCAGUGUACCAUGGGGACUCACGGCAGCUAAGCGCCUCAGGGGCGCCGGUCAAUGGUGCUAGAGAACCCGCUGGACCCAGUCUGCUGGAGGCUGGGGGUCCUUGGCGAGUAGACCAGAAGCCCAACUGGGACGGUGCCCCGGGCCCAGCUCACACUGCUCGCCUGGAAGAUGCCCACGAUCUGGUGGCCUUUUCGGCUGUGGCCGAAGCCGUGUCCUCUUACGGGGCCCUUAGCACCCGGCUCUAUGAAACCUUCAACCGUGAGAUGAGUCGCGAGGCUGGGAACAACAGCAGGGGAGCCCGGUCAGGGCCCGAGGGCUGCUCUGCUGGCAGCGAAGACCUGGACACGCUGCAGACGGCCCUGGCCCUCGCUCGGCAUGGCAUGAAGCCACCCAACUGCAACUGCGAUGGCCCGGAGUGCCCUGACUACCUCGAGUGGCUGGAGGGGAAGAUCAAGUCUGUGGUCGUGGACGGCGGGGAGGAGCGGCCCAGGCUUCCAGGGACUCUGCCUUCUGCUGAGGCUGGCCUCCCAGCGCCAAGCACCCGGCCAAUCCUCAGCUCUGAGGUCCCCCAGAUACCUCCCCCCGAGGGCCUGCCCCUGUCCCAGAGUGCCCUGAGCAUCGCCAAGGAAAAGAACAUCAGCCUGCAGACGGCCAUCGCCAUCGAGGCCCUCACACAGCUCUCCUCUGCCCUCCCUCAGCCUUCCCACUCCACCUCCCAGGCUUCUUGCCCCCUCCCUGAGGCCUUGUCCCCUCCUGCCCCUUUCCGGUCUGCCCAGUCCUACCUCCGGGCCCCCUCGUGGCCUGUGGUCCCGGCUGAAGAGCAUGCGUCCUUUGCUCCUGAUGGCCCUGCCUUCCCGCCAGCAACUCCUAGAACAGAGUUUCCUGAAGCCUGGGGCACUGACACCCCACCAGCAACUCCCCGGAGCUCUUGGCCCAUGCCCCGCCCGAGCCCUGACCCCAUGGCCGAACUGGAGCAGCUGUUGGGCAGUGCCAGUGAUUACAUCCAGUCAGUAUUCAAGCGGCCCGAGGCCCUGCCCACCAAGCCCAAGGUCAAGGUGGAGGCGCCCUCUUCCUCCCCAACCCCAUCCCCAUCCCCCAUGCUCCAGAGGGAGGCUCCCGCACCAUCUGCAGAGCCCGACGCCCACCAGAAGGCCCAGACCGCCCUGCAGCAGCACCUUCACCAUAAGCGCAGUCUCUUCCUGGACCAGGCCCACGAUGCCUCCUUCCCUGCUCCCACGGAGCCUCCUGCUCCGGGCUGGUGGGCCCCACCAAGCUCACCUGCCCCACGGCCUCCGGACAGACCACCCAAGGAGAAGAAGAAGAAGCCCCUGACACCAGCUGGAGGUCCCGCGGGAACCGAGAAGGCCACUCCUGGGUUCAAGCCCAGCGUCCGGAAGCCCAUUCAGAUCAAGAAGUCCAGGCCACGGGAAACGCAGCCUCUCUUCCUGCCUCUGCGGCAGAUCAUCCUGGAAGGGCGGAGGUCCCCAGCCUCUGAGGAUGCGCAGGCACAUCCACCUGCCCCUGUCCCCGCCUCACAGGGCUCUGCUGUCCCCCCGCCCCCAGAACCUUCUCUUGCGCUAUUUGCACCUAGUCCCUCUGGGGACAGCCUGCUGCCCCCUACUCAGGAAAUGAGAUCCCCUAGCCCCAUGGCGACCCUGCAGCCGGGCUCCGCCGGCCCUCUUCCCCCUGCCGAUGACAAGCUGGAAGAGCUCAUCCGGCAGUUUGAAGCUGAAUUUGGGGAUAGCUUUGGGCUUCCUGGCCCCCCAUCUGUGCCCAUUCAGGACCCCGAGAACCAGCCAACGUGUCUCCCAGCCCCCGAGAGCCCUUUUUCUACCCGCUCCCCCAAGCAAAUCAAGAUUGAGUCUUCGGGGGCUGUGACUGUGCUCUCAACCACCUGCUUCCAUUCAGAGGAGGGGGGCCAGGAGGCCACACCCACCAAGGCCGAGAACCCCCUCACACCCACGCUCAGUGGCUUCCUGGAGUCACCUCUUAAGUACCUGGACACACCCACCAAGAGUCUGCUGGACACACCUGCAAAGAGAGCCCAGGCCGAGUUCCCCACCUGCGAUUGUGUUGAACAAAUAGUGGAGAAAGAUGAAGGUCCGUAUUAUACUCACCUGGGAUCUGGCCCCACGGUAGCCUCUAUCCGGGAGCUCAUGGAGGAGCGGUACGGAGAGAAGGGCAAAGCCAUCCGGAUCGAGAAGGUCAUCUACACUGGGAAGGAGGGCAAGAGCUCGCGCGGCUGUCCCAUCGCCAAGUGGGUGAUCCGCAGGCACACGCUGGAGGAGAAGCUGCUGUGCCUGGUGCGGCACCGGGCGGGCCACCACUGCCAGAACGCGGUGAUUGUCAUCCUCAUCCUGGCCUGGGAGGGCAUCCCCCGCAGCCUCGGAGACACCCUCUACCAAGAGCUCACCGACACCCUCCGGAAGUACGGGAACCCCACCAGCCGGAGAUGCGGCCUCAACGAUGACCGGACCUGCGCUUGCCAAGGCAAAGACCCCAGCACCUGCGGUGCCUCCUUCUCCUUUGGUUGUUCCUGGAGCAUGUACUUCAACGGCUGCAAAUACGCUCGCAGCAAGACGCCGCGCAAGUUCCGCCUUGCAGGGGACAAUCCCAAGGAGGAAGAAGUGCUCCGGAAGAGUUUCCAGGACCUGGCCACCGAAGUCGCUCCCCUGUACAAGAGGCUGGCCCCCCAGGCCUAUCAGAACCAGGUGACCAAUGAGGAAAUAGCGAUUGACUGCCGCCUGGGGCUGAAGGAAGGGCGGCCCUUCUCGGGGGUCACGGCCUGCAUGGACUUCUGUGCCCACGCCCACAAGGACCAGCAUAACCUCUACAACGGGUGCACCGUGGUCUGCACCCUGACCAAGGAAGACAAUCGCUGCGUGGGCAAGAUUCCCGAGGACGAGCAGCUGCACGUGCUCCCCCUGUACAAGAUGGCCAACACGGACGAGUUUGGCAGUGAGGAGAACCAGAACGCCAAGGUGGGCAGCGGGGCCAUCCAGGUGCUCACCGCCUUCCCCCGCGAGGUCCGGCGCCUGCCUGAGCCUGCCAAGUCGUGCCGUCAGCGGCAGCUGGAAGCCAGAAAGGCGGCGGCGGAGAAGAAGAAGAUUCAGAAGGAGAAGCUGAGCACUCCCGAGAAGAUCAAACAGGAAGCUCUCGAGCUGGCCGGUGUCACCACCGACCCAGGCCUGGCUCUGAAGGGUGGAUUGCCCCAGCAAGGCCUGAAGCCCUCCCUCAAAGUGGAGCCACAGAACCACUUCAGUUCCUUCAAGUACAGCAGCAAUGCGGUGGUGGAGAGCUACUCGGUGCUGGGCAACUGCCGGCCGUCCGACCCCUACAGCAUGAAUAGCGUGUACUCCUACCACUCCUACUAUGCACAGCCCGGCCUGACCUCCGUCAACGGCUUCCACUCCAAGUAUGCUCUUCCGUCGUUCAGCUACUAUGGCUUUCCAUCCAGCAACCCCGUCUUCCCCUCACAGUUCCUGGGGCCUGGCACCUGGGGACACGGUGGCGGCAGCAGCAGUUUUGAGAAGAAGCCAGACCUCCACGCUCUGCACAACAGCCUGAGCCCGGCCUACGGUGGUGCUGAGUUUGCCGAGCUGCCUGGCCAGGCUGUUCCCACGGACACCCACCACCCCACUCCUCACCACCAGCAGCCUGCUUAUCCAGGCCCCAAGGAGUAUCUGCUUCCCAAGGCUCCCCAGAUCCACCCAGCAUCCAGGGACCCCUCUCCCUUUGCACCGAGCUCCAACUGCUUCAACAGAUCCAUCAAGCAAGAGCCACUAGACCCACUGGUCCAGGCUGAGUCUAUACCCAGAGACCCUGGUAAGAUGGGCAAAACACCUUUGCCCGAGGCUUCUCAGAAUGGGGGACCCAAUCACCUAUGGGGGCAGUACUCAGGAGGCCCAAGCAUGUCCCCCAAGAGGACUAACAGUGUGGGUGGCAGCUGGGGUGUGUUCCAUCCUGGGGAGAGCCCUGCCAUCAUCCCCGACAAGCUCAGUUCUUAUGGGGCCAGCUGCCUGACCCCUUCCCACUUCCCGGAUGGCCAGUGGGGGCUGUUCCCUGGCGAGGGGCAGCAGCCAGCCCCCCAGCCUGGAGGGCGGCUUCGAGGCAAACCGUGGAGCCCCUGCAAGUUUGGGAACAACACCUCGGCCUUGGCUGGGCCCAGCCUGACGGAGAAGCCGUGGGGGAUUGGGGCCGGGGAUUUCAACUCUGCCCUGAAAAGCGGUCCUGGGUUCCAAGACAAGUUGUGGAGCCCCCUGAAAGGAGAGGAGGGACGGCUUCCAACCCCGGGGGCAAGCCAGCUGGACAAAGCCUGGCAGUCCUUCAGCAUGCCCCUGGGCUCCAGCGAGAAGCUCUUCGGGGCCCUGAAGUCAGAGGAAAAGCUGUGGGAUCCCUUCAGCCUGGAGGAGGGGACUGCCGAGGACACCCCCGACAAGGGGGCGGUGAAGGAGGAGAAGAGUGGCGGGGCGGAGGAGGAGGAGGAGCUCUGGUCUGACAGUGAACACAACUUCCUGGACGAGAACAUCGGCGGCGUGGCCGUGGCCCCCGCUCACGGCUCAAUCCUCAUCGAGUGCGCCCGGCGGGAGCUGCAUGCCACCACACCCCUCAAGAAACCCAACCGCUGCCACCCCACCCGCAUCUCGCUGGUCUUCUACCAGCACAAGAACCUCAACCAGCCCAAUCACGGGCUGGCCCUCUGGGAGGCCAAGAUGAAGCAACUGGCGGAGAGGGCCCGGGCGCGACAGGAAGAGGCCGCCCGGCUGGGCCUGGGCCAGCAGGAGGCCAAGCUCUAUGGGAAGAAGCGCAAAUGGGGGGGUGCCAUGGUGGCCGAGCCCCAGCAUAAGGAGAAGAAGGGGCUCGUCCCCACUCGGCAGGCGCUGGCCGUACCCACAGACUCAGCAGUCACCGUGUCCUCCUACGCCUACACGAAGGUCACCGGCCCCUACAGCCGCUGGAUCUAGGUGCCAGGGAGCCAGCGUACCUCAGCGUCGGGCCCGGCCCGAGCUGCUUCUGUGGUGCUUUUGCCCUCACGCCUGGGGGCGGGUUGGGGGUGCAGAAGUCUUUUUAUCUAUAUAUACAUAUAUAGAUGUGCAUAUAUAUGUAUUUAUGGUCCAAACCUCAGAACUGACCCGCCCCGCCCCUCCCCCCCACUUCCCCAGCACUUUGAAGAAGAAACUACGGCUGUCGGGUGAUUUUUUUCGUGAUCUUAAUAUUUAUAUCUCCACGUUGGUUUUUUUCUCCCCCCCCCCUUGUCUGGGGGGCUUUUAUUUCCUCUUGUUUUUAAAACUCUAUCCUUGUAUAUCACAAUAAUGGAAAGAAAGUUUAUAGUGUCCUUUCACAAAGGAGUAGUUUUAAA